AUGUCCCGUGAACGCCCCUUGUGCAGUCGCUGCCGAAGGCUCCGGGCGACCUGUGUGUACCCUGUCCCUUCGAAACGCCGAGGUCGAAAGUCGCAGCGUACUUGCCGGGAAACACGCACAGCAGUUGACCAACGUUGCCUGGACCUUCCGGAGCCACAAACGGACACACUGAACCUGGCUUAUGAACCCACUAGGUGUGCCCCAGCUCCAAACCCGUCAGACCGCAUUGUUCACCCAACAAUACUUCCUGACGGUGCGGUACUCUCCCCAGAUGAGGGCUCACGAGAGGACGAGAGAGCUACCAGUUCUAGUAGAGUAGCCCCAGCACUUCCCGAAAGACACACCGGGACUCGGACUCCCUAUAUUGUGAACGAACGUGAGUUGAUUCACCCAUUACCUCGAUCCAAUGAAGGCGUAGGGCAGACGGGGUCAACUCGCCAUGGUAUAUCUUCCUCCUCAGAUGACCCACCCUUGCCGCCUCGCGCCCUUGGCUUGGGUUUACUUGAGAUAUACUUUUCACGGGUCUAUAAUGCGUCUUUGUUAUUUCAGAAACGAGCAGUCUUCCACGAAUAUCUUAAGGGGAGUCUUCCUAAUAUUCUUGUGAAGGCCAUGUUUGCGUUAGCUACGCUUUUUCUUUCUCCCGAACGUCAGCACAAAGAUGUGGCCUCCGUGAAUGCUUCUGAGUUAGAUGUGCUACAACACUAUGGCUCUUGUGGUCUUGGCUGGGCAAAGUCUGCGGUGAGGGAAGCCACGCCAUCUGCGAUCGAACAGCCUUCCUUGGUGACAACCCAGGCACUUGAAUGUCUGCAGCUGUAUUGGUUUGGCAUUGGAAAUCUACAGUCUUGCAGUCUGUGUCUUUCUCUCGCCUAUCGUUCGUGCCACCUCCUUGGAUACAACCGAAGGAUAAUCGAUGGCUGCAAUGAUUCGGAUCUAUCGUUAGAGUCUGAGUUUAAUCGUCGGUGUCUUUGGGCUUGCUGGAUCUCCACAUGCAUCGGCAUGGAGCCGGAAUCUUGCAUAAGAGCCGCAUGGAAAGAAGUGGCCAUGGUCCCUCUUCCCGCGUACAUUCAAGACUGCGGAUCACACUAUGACAUUAUUCUGACGGAAAAAAUGAAUCAGAAUUGGGAGUCGAGACCUCUUGAACUUAACAAGAGGCACCAUGCCACCACCCCUGCAGCGGCGUUUCUUGUGAAAAUAAUGGGAGUCUGGGCAAAGGUUCAGCUCCUGGUUAAGGAUUGGAAUGCCUCUUCUCCCUCUCUUAACAUUAAGUCUGUCUACAGUCUCUCAGAUUUGGCAACGUCAAUUUGCAAUAGUGCAAAUACCGUCAACGAUCCAAUUACCGUCAACGACACAGAAUAUGCGUCCCACUCUAUGAAACUACUUGCUGAAUCUCUUUUUCAUCAGUGUCAAAUUAUUCUACACUCAAUGCUUGUCCCCUUGUUCUCAGGUGCUUCUACAGGGCCAGAGAUAGAUCUGGAAAGUGUGAAACGGAGUGCUGAAAGUGUUAUACGCCAUGCCGGAUUGCAUGAAAAGCUACUGAAUCCUUUUCUGUAUGGAAAUGGUGAUAUCACAGUCCUGCCUCCGCUCAUGGGUUAUGGGGCCUUUAUAACAGGAAUAGUGCUGCUGGCCACAGAGACCUCCUGCCAAGAUAAAAGAUUGCAGGAAAGUAUUACUGAAAGACGGACUGAAGGUCGCAAAUUACGUGCCGUACGGGCCAUUUCACGCCUCCUGAACGCCCUGUGCCGUCAUUGGAGACCUUUGGGUCAUCUCUCAGAACAACUUUCUUCUGCGCUGGAUCGACAACUCUUUCCUUUCGCAUCACAAGAGUCGAGUACUGAGCGAAACAGAAUGUAUGGAAUAGAUCGUAUGCAGGCUUGCAACGAGGCCACACCCCUUGGCCUUUCGGCCCGGGAAAGUGAUGGCCCCCCUACACUCGCGCCACAUCUGGGCACCAUGAACCAUUCGAUUUACCAGGCAAAUAAUCCUCGUGCUGACUCACGGAGCUCUCUCGCUCUUACGCAAAAUUGCUCUGGUGUCGGGGAAGCCGACUCAGUCGAUCCUGAAGACUUACUGAUGGAGCAACGCGAUGUGUCCCUAGAUAAUACAUGGUAUAACUUGUCUAUUGGAGACGUAUGUCUUGAAGAACACUCAGGGUUCGAGCCCUUAGCCCUGUUUCAGCAAGGCUGGAGGGUGUUUAAUUAA